AGCCCAGUUUCCCCACAUUCACGACCACUUCCACCCGCCCGGCCCAGUGCGACUCUGAGGAGUCAUGCUUCGGCAGACGUAUAGCUAUUAAAGAAAGUUGCUACGCCCUUGCUCCUCGUAGGCGCGGAAUCGCUCUUCUCCCUCUUCUCUCUUCUCUCCUCUCUCUUCAAUCCCCUCUUGCUCUUCCCCUCCCAUCCCUACAUUGCACGAAUCCCACGAUACCCCCCCUCCCCCGAAUAUAUAUAUACACACACAUACCCUCAAAAUGGCUACCGUCGACUCCAUCCUCCAGGGCGUCAACAUCUCGGGAACCAUCACCGAUUUCAACAAGAAGAUCCUGAGCAAAGAUGCCGUUGCCUUCCUCGCCCUCCUGCACCGCUCCUUCAACGCAACCCGCAAGGAGCUCCUCCAGCGUCGAGCCAUCAGACAGGCCGAGCUCGACAAGGGAGUGCUCCCUGAUUUCCUGCCCGAGACCAAACACAUCCGCGAGAACGAUGCGUGGAAAGGCGCGAAGCCCGCCCCCGGCCUGGUUGACCGCAGAGUGGAGAUCACGGGCCCGACGGACCGCAAGAUGGUCGUGAACGCCCUGAACUCAAACGUUUCGACGUAUAUGGCCGACCUUGAAGAUUCGAGUGCCCCGACGUGGGAUAACAUGAUCAACGGCCAGGUCAACCUGUACGAUGCCAUUCGCAGACAGAUCGACUUCAAGCAGGGAGAGAAGGAAUACAAACUCCGCACCGAUCGCGUGCUCCCCACAUUGAUUGUCCGACCGCGAGGAUGGCACCUGGAGGAGAAGCACUUCACGGUUGACGGGGAACCCAUCUCUGGCAGUCUCUUCGACUUCGGCUUGUACUUCUUCCACAAUGCAAAGGAACUCAUCCAGCGCGGAUUUGGCCCGUACUUCUACCUCCCAAAGAUGGAAUCGCACCUCGAGGCCCGUCUAUGGAACGACGUUUUCAACGUUGCGCAAGACUAUCUCUCGAUUCCUAGAGGGACCAUCCGAGGAACGGUCUUGAUUGAGACCAUCCUUGCUGCAUUCGAGAUGGAUGAGAUCAUCUACGAGCUCCGGGAUCACAGCUCAGGAUUGAACUGCGGACGAUGGGAUUACAUCUUCAGCGUGAUCAAGAAGUUCCGCCAGAACUCCAACUUCGUGCUCCCCGAUCGAUCGGCCGUCACCAUGACCGUCCCCUUCAUGGACGCAUACGUCAAGCUUCUCAUCCAGACCUGCCAUAGACGACAGGUCCACGCUAUGGGUGGUAUGGCUGCGCAGAUCCCCAUCAAGGAUGACAAGGCGGCGAACGACAAGGCGAUGGAGGGUGUCUACGCUGACAAGCUCCGUGAGGUGAAGGCAGGCCACGACGGUACCUGGGUUGCUCACCCCGCACUGGCGUCCAUCGCCUCCGAGGUAUUCAACAAGCACAUGCCCACACCCAACCAGAUGUUCGUCCGUCGUGAAGAUGUCAAGAUCACCCAAAAUGACCUCCUGAACAUGAACGUGCCAGGAAAGAUUACAGAAGAUGGUAUCCGAAAGAACCUGAACAUCGGUCUUGGAUAUAUGGAGGGCUGGCUCAGAGGUGUGGGAUGUAUCCCCAUCAACUACCUGAUGGAAGACGCCGCAACGGCUGAAGUCAGCCGUAGCCAGCUGUGGCAAUGGGUGAGACACGGUGUCUCAACGGCAGAAGGCAAGAAGGUAGACAAGGCCUAUGCUUUGAGACUUCUGAAGGAACAGGCAGAGGAACUUGCUGCAAAGGGCCCCAAGGGCAACAAGUACCACUUGGCAGCUCAAUACUUCUCAGGACAGGUGACUGGGGAGGACUAUGCCGACUUCUUGACUACUCUCUUAUAUAACGAGAUCACGAGCGUAGGAAGCUCGUCGCCCGCUUCGAAAUUGUAA